CGUUUUAUUAAAUUUUUCAAAUAUAGGAAAUUGAAUUAAAAUUAAAUUAAAAAAAUGAGUAAAACGACGAAAAGCAAUACGAGUACAAAUACUCAUAAAAGCAACCACAACUACAACGAUUUAGAUGCUAACAAUGAUAUGUCGGAUGAAUUGAGCGCGUACAGCUCGGAGGAAGACGAGGUGACAUCACGAAAAUCGCGGAAAAUACAGCCAACUGAUGCUGCGGAUUACGAGGAUGGGGGCGGAAUGUAAAAAUGUAAAUUAAUUUGUGUGCAAGUAAAUUAUAAGUGAUAUUUUCAUAUUUGAGCCGUAAGCCCUGGCAGCUAGU